AUGGAGAGGUUGGGUCAAUUCCCUUUGUGUGUCCCGCUUCUACAAGGACUUCGGCCUCCUCUGCCCCCGUGGUUUCCGCUAGCACUACCACCCAUGCCACAUACAUUUCAACAAUUCCUUCCUCCAGCAGCAGCUUUGCAACCUCAGCCAUCAGCCGCUAACUCUGUUUCCGUCACUACAGCCGUUGAAGAGGACCUCUCAGCACACUCUGAGACAGCCGAGGAGACAGUAAAUUCUUCUGUUGAUCUUACACCCUCCACCCCUCCAGCACAAACGGUCGUCAGCAGUGAGAACCUUUCUAGACCACAAUCUGCCGACUCCAGCGUGCUCAGUGAGUCUCCUCUUAGUAGCAACAAGUUGAAAAAACGAGUGCUAUGUGAGCGAUGCAAUAAGUCGUUCUGCGAUAAGGGAGCUCUAAAGAUCCACACUAGUGCCGUGCAUUUAAAGGAAAUGCACAUGUGCACCAUACCUGGUUGUGGCAAGGAGUUCAGCAGCAGAAGGAGCAGGAAUCGCCAUUCAGCAAAUACCAAUCCGAAAUUGCAUAUGCCAGAAGCGGCACAAUCGUUUCGUGAUCAUGUUGGUAUCAAUGCAGCAGCACUCAGUAUGGCAGCAGCGGUGAGCUUUUUUAUGAUUAGGCAGAAGACAAUUUUCUCAUGA